AUGGCUCGCAUACCGUCGCCGAUCUCUCGUUCUAUACACGCCGCUAACAAAAUAAUAUCUGGCACAACGCAUGUACGGUGCUUGGCGACGCCGUCUACCUCCAAGGCUGCGUUUAGUCAGCGACUCGCCGACGGCCCUAGUCUGGACGAUUUCAUCGCCGGGGACGCGCCAGAGAGGGUUGUGUUAGGGAACACAGCUGCACCCCGCCUGCCCACCUAUCUUAAGACAAGCAUACCCUCCGGGAAGUCCUUCGCCAAAAUCAGGAAGGAUCUCCGUGGGCUCAAUCUGCAUACGGUCUGCGAAGAGGCCAGAUGUCCUAACAUUGGCGAUUGCUGGGGCGGCGACAGCGGCGACGAGCAGCAAGCAAAGCGUGCAGCUACCGCAACAAUCAUGCUAAUGGGUGAUACGUGUACUCGAGGGUGUCGCUUUUGCUCCGUCAAAACGAGCCGUACGCCACCGCCCUUGGACCCUCAUGAACCCGAGCAUACAGCAGAGGCCAUAAGCCGAUGGGGCCUCGGUUAUAUCGUACUUACGAGCGUAGAUCGAGACGACUUGGCCGAUGGCGGGUGCAGGCAUUUUGCAGAAACCAUCCGUAAGAUAAAGCAGAAAGCGCCAGAUACUCUCGUAGAAGCCCUUACAGGCGACUUCGCCGGCAACCUCGAUCACGUAGCAUUGGUGGCGCAAUCCGGAUUGGACGUUUACGCCCAUAACGUGGAGACGACAGAGGCUUUGACACCGUUUGUGCGGGACCGUCGGGCAAGCUUCCAAACAAGCUUGAGAGUGCUGCAGCGGGCGAAGGAGGAAGGCGUUCGAGUCACCAAGACGAGCAUGAUGCUCGGCAUUGGUGAGACGGAAGACCAGGUCAUGGAUGCACUGAGACAGCUGCGCAGACAUAAUGUCGACGUUGUCACUUUCGGCCAGUAUAUGCGACCGACAAAGAAGCAUAUGAAGGUGGAUCGUUAUGUCGAUCCGGCGGAGUUUGACCGAUGGAAGCAAGUCGCGGAGGAUAUGGGCUUCCUCUAUGUUGCAAGCGGCCCGCUCGUGCGGAGCAGCUACAAGGCUGGAGAAUUCUUCAUAGAGAAUGUACUUCGCGGUAAAGGAGCGCAGCGGAAGGCGGCGACAUUGCUCGCCGAUCGGGAUGUGCAAGCUGCGGGCACUGACAAAGCGGUCCAAGUUUGA